AUGACCCCUGAAUCUCUUCUUGUCUCUGGAACACAGCCAAUUUUACAGAAUUUGAUCUCCAUUGCUACCCAAGAAAUCGGUCUAGCAUGGGGUGUCAAGGGAGAGUUGAAAAAGCUCAAGACUACUCUGACCACCAUCGAAGCUCUGCUGGAGGAUGCUGAGAAUCAGCAAGUGGAGAAAAAAACAGUGAAAAACUGGCUCAGGAGGCUCAAAAUAGUUGCUUAUGAUGCAGAAGAUGUGAUAGAGGAGUUCAAAUAUGAAGCUUUCCGACGUAAAAUGGAAAUCCAAACACGAAUGAAGGGAAAGGUACGCAACUUCUUUUCACGCUCCAACCCAUUUGCUUUUCGGCUAAAAAUGGCCCAUAAGCUUAAGGACAUCAAUGGAGUUUUGGAUGAAAUCAGAAAGGAUGCAAUUGGCUUCAACCUCAGAGUAGUAGAGCCAGCUGCUAAUUCUACAACCAUGAUGAACAGAGAGGACCGGCAAACCUUCUCUCUGAUAGACGAUUCAGAAGUAUUUGGGAGGAUAGAUGACAAAUCAAAACUAGUAGAUAUGCUUGUCAACAGUAGUAAUGAUCAAAUCAUUUCAGUCAUCCCCAUCGUCGGAAUGGGGGGAAUUGGGAAGACCACUUUUGCUCAAUUGGUCUUCAAUGAUCCGUUGAUUGUGAAGAGUUUUGAUUUAAGAACGUGGGUAUGUGUGUCCGAAGAAUUUGAAGUCAAGAGACUUCUAAAAGAAAUCAUGGAAUCAACUAAAGUUAAAUGUGAUGCAUCAAGCUUGGAUGUAAUAGCACGUGAUCUCCAAAAGGAGUUGAUGGGUAAACGGUUUUUGCUUGUACUGGAUGAUGUCUGGAGUGAAGAUCGUUUUAUUCAAAAAUGGGAUAUGUUGAUGGUUUCCUUAAGAUCCGGCAGUGUAGGUAGCAAAGUUAUUGUGACUACACGCAGCACUGAAAUUGCAAGAAUUGUGGCCUCAAAUUACACACAUCAUCUGGGUAUAUUAUCAGAAGAAGAAGGUUGGUCUUUGUUUAGUCGGAAAGCAUUUAGCCAUGGAGGGCCAAUAGAAACCCCAAACCUAAUAGAAAUCGGAAGGAGAAUCGUAAAUAAGUGUGGAGGAGUGCCUUUAGCAGUGAAGGUCUUUGGAAGCCUAAUGCACUCCAAAACAGAAGAGCAAGCAUGGUUGGCUAUGGAGCAAGGUGAAGUUUGGAAUUUACUACAAGAUAAAGGUGGAGGAAUAAUGCCCAUAUUAAAGUUGAGUUAUGAUCAUUUGCCAUCAUAUUUGAAACGUUGUUUUGCUUAUUGUUCAAUAUUUCCUAAGGAUUAUGUAUUUGAUAAAAAUACAUUGAUACAAUUAUGGAUGGCAGAGGGAUUACUUAAACAACCCAAAGAAAGCAAACAAAUGGAGGAUGUUGGGAAUGACUAUUUCAAUAUCUUAUGGGGGAAUUCUUUCUUACAAGAUUAUGUGGAGAUGGGCGAAUAUAAAGAUAUAGUACAGACAUGGAAGAUGCAUGAUCUAGUACACGACCUUGCACAAUUUGUUGGAAAGCUUGAGUACUCCACCAUGGAGGGCAAUAAUGUGGAAGAAAUUUCUGAUGAAGUUCGUGGUUUGUUACUUUUUUCAGAUCAUGGGGAAAGAUUUGAAUUUUCAAAAGAAGCCUCAAAGAAUGCACAGAAAUUGCGGACAAUAAUAUUUACUUCACGGCCAUUCUCACCAAGCUUGGCCACAAAUGACAUGUUGAUGAACUUCCAAAGCUUGCGUGUGUUGGGAUUAAGAAAUUGUUGGAUUCCUGACUCGUCGUCUUCAAUAAGAAAAUUAAAACAUUUAAGGUACCUUGACCUCUCAGAUAAUCCAAUUAGAGUGUUGCCUGAGUCUUUCACUAGCCUCUACAAUUUACAGACGUUAAAACUCAAAAAUUGUAUUCAUCUUGAACAACUUCCCAAGGAAAUGAGAAAGAUGGUUAGCCUGAGACAUCUCGAAUUUCCGAGCAAUAUCAACGACAUUCAGAUGCCAUCUGAUAUGGGGAGAUUAACUAAUCUACAAACAUUAACAGCAUUUUUUGUAGGGAAAGAUGCAAGUCGCGGUAUUAAACAGCUAAAGUGCUUGAAUCUCAGAGGAGAACUGACCAUAGAAGCUUUGGGAAAUGUAGAAAGUGGAAUAGAAGAAGCCAAGGAGGCAAAUUUGAGAGGAAAGAAAGAUAUUCAUUCUCUACAUCUAAAGUGGAGUUCUCUGGAAAUGGGCUGUCAAAGUGACGAAGGAAAAAUGUAUGAUGUGUUAGAAGGCCUAGAACCACAUCCAAACUUGAAAAAGUUUUCAAUGAUAUUCUUUGAGGGUGUAAGAUGUCCUAAAUGGAUGGCAAGUGGUUUGUCUGUGUACAAAAAUUUGGUUUCAUUCCAACUCUAUCGCUGCGAUAGAUUGGAAUAUGUCCCCACACUUGGGGAGCUACCCUUUCUUAGGUAUCUUCGGUUGGAGACAAUGGGAAACGUGAAAUGUCUUGGUCGGGAAUUCUAUCAUAGCAGCAAAACUAGUACUGAUGCAACUACUUCUUCAGGGAUGGUUGCAUUUCCAUCGCUUAAGUGUUUAAGGCUAACUUCAAUGCAGAAUUUGGUUGAAUGGUUGGAAGUGUUUCCUUCAUUUCCGUAUCUUGAAAAGUUGUCGAUGGAAGACUGCUAUAUGCUGAAAAUCAUGCCAAGUCGAUUCUCUUCCCUCAAAAGCUUGACUAUUUGUUUCACAAAUAAGAUGGCACUAAGCUCAUUGUCAAGCAACGUUAUCUCUCUCAACUGCCUUCAUAUUACUGAUUGUAAUGACCUCAAGUCUCUGCCGGAGGGGUUGCUACGAAACAAUGCACAUGUUCUUCAAGAAUUGAAGGUUUCAGAUUGCUAUGAACUCGAAACAAUUUCCAAGAGAAGGACAAGAGGGAUCCCCCCUUCCCCUAGUCUUUCCUUCUCUUCAAUCCUUGGAAAUAAGGAGAUGUCCUCGUGCAAAGCCUUUACAGAACGUACAUGGAAUGACUUCUCUUCGAAAGUUGAUAUUGACAAACUUUGA